AUCAGGUUAAUGAGAAGAGAAAGUUCAAGUAUUAUCUAGGAGUGCAGUAACUCUUUAGGACUCUGGGUGCCGCUGUUCACCAGUCUGGGAGAUAAAGGCAGCGCACGCGUGCGCACACACAAACACACCGAGGGGAAAAAAAACUUCUUAGAACCUCCAUCACUGCCAGAUUGAAAACAGACUCCUGAGGCUGCCCAGAUCCUACUUCAGGACCCCUUUCUGCUCUGAAUUCUCCUGAAAAUUCGGUUAAUUUAGACUCAGAAGAGCAGAGAAACAAUACUGUUGGUGCCAGACUGGGAGAAAACUACGAAGCAAGAGAGCAAUGACGAUUCGAGUGAAGGUGCUCGGCUGCCGCAGGCUGGUCUUGCUGUUCCUUUUUCUGGGGCUGUUGUUGGAAGCCCAGGCUGGGAAGAUCCGCUACUCGGUGCCAGAAGAGACAGACAAAGGUUUCUUUGUGGGCAACAUUGCCGAAGACCUGGGACUACAACCCCAGGAGCUGGCGGAGCGGGGAGUCCGCAUCGUCUCCAGAGGUAGGACUCAGCUUUUUGCUCUGAACCCGCGAAGCGGCAGCUUGGUCACCGCAGGCAGGAUAGAUCGGGAGGAGCUCUGCGCUCAGAGCCUGCAGUGUCUGGUGAGUUUUAACGUCUUGGUAGAGGAUAAAAUGAAGCUUUUCCCUGUUGAAGUGGAAAUAAUUGAUAUUAAUGACAACACUCCCCAAUUCCAGUCAGAGGAAGUAGAAUUUAAAAUGAAUGAAAUAACCACUCCAGGUACCAGGAUCCCUCUACCUUCUGGGCAAGACUUUGAUGUGGGUAUGAAUUCGCUCCAGAUGUACCAGCUCAGCUCCAACCCUCAUUUCUCCCUGGAUGUGCAACAGGGAUCUGAUGGGUCCCAACAGCCAGAGAUGGUGCUGCAGAGUCCCCUAGAUAGGGAAGAAGACGCUGUCCACCGCCGCCUCCUCACCGCUUUUGAUGGGGGCAACCCAGUCCGUUCAGGAACCCUCCGAAUUCGAGUUCAGGUGGUGGAUGCAAAUGACAACGCUCCAGCGUUUACUCAAGCACGGUACCACACGAGUGUCCCUGAGAACGUGCCGCUGGGCACUCGGCUGCUCACGGUAAAAGCCACGGACCCAGAUGAGGGAGCCAAUGGGGAAGUAACAUAUUCGUUUCAUAAUAUAGACCACAAAGUGGCACAAAUAUUUCACUUGGAUUCUUACACAGGAGAAAUAUCAAAUAAAGAACCUCUAGAUUUCGAAGAAUACACAAUUUAUCCAAUGGAAAUUCAAGCUCAGGAUGGUUCAAGCCUCAUGGCCAGAGCUAAGGUGCUGGUCAAAGUUCUGGACAUAAAUGAUAAUGCCCCAGAGGUGACCAUCACCUCUGUCACCACUGCAGUCCCAGAAAACUUUCCUCCUGGGGCCAUAAUUGCUCUUAUCAGUGUGCACGACCAGGACUCUGGAGACAAUGGUCACACUACGUGUUCCAUUUCUGGAAAUCUACCCUUUAAAUUAGAAAAGUUAGAUGAUAAUUAUUACCGUUUAGUGACAGAAAGAACAAUGGACAGAGAACUUACCUCCCAGUACAACAUCACAGUAACAGCAGCAGAUCAGGGAACUCCGACUCUAUCUACCGAAACACACAUUUCACUGCAAGUGACAGAUAUCAAUGACAACUCCCCUGUCUUCCUGCAGGACUCCUACUCCACCUACAUUCCAGAAAACAACCCCAGAGGUGUCUCCAUUUUCUCUGUGACUGCCCACGAUGCUGACAGCAAUGAGAAUGCACGAGUCACUUAUUCCCUGGUGGAGGACACCAUCCAGGGGGUACCUCUAUCCUCCUUUGUCUCCAUCAACUCAGACACUGGAGUCCUGUAUGCGUUGCGAUCCUUCGACUAUGAGCAGUUCCGGGACCUGCGACUAAGAGUGAUGGCUCGUGACAGCGGGGACCCGCCGCUCAGCAGCAACGUGUCACUGGGCAUAUUCGUGCUGGACCAGAAUGACAACACACCUGAGAUUCUGUACCCCGCCCUCCCCACUGACGGUUCCACCGGUGUGGAGCUGGCACCCCGCUCUGCAGAGCCUGGCUACCUGGUGACCAAGGUGGUGGCUGUGGACAGAGACUCGGGCCAGAACGCCUGGCUGUCCUACCGCCUGCUCAAGGCCAGCGAGCCAGCGCUUUUCUCGGUGGGGCUGCACACGGGCGAGGUGCGCACAGCGCGGGCUGUGAUGGAUAGAGACGCGCUCAAGCAGAGCCUGGUGGUGGCGGUCGAGGACCACGGCCAGCCUCCUCUCUCUGCCACAGUUACUCUCACAGUGGCGAUGGCUGGCAGCAUCCCAGAUGUGCUGGCCGACUUGGGCAGCAUGGAACCCUCCACCAACCUGGACAACUCCAGCCUCACGCUGUACCUGGUGGUGGCGGUGGCCACGAUCUCCUGCGUCUUCCUCGCCUUUGUCAUUGUGCUUCUGGCGCUCAGACUGUGGCGCUGGCAUACGACGCGUGUGCUCCAGGCUUCAGGAGGAGGAUUAGCGGGCGUGCCCGUCUCUCACUUUGUGGGCGUGGACGGGGUGCGGGCUUUCCUGCAGACCUAUUCCCACGAGGUCUCGCUCACCGCGGACUCGCGGGGGAGUCACGUGAUCUUCCCGCAGCCCAACUACGCGGACACGCUCGUCAGCCAGGAGAGCCGUGAGAAAAAGGAUUUUCUAUCAGCACCCCAGUCUUUACUUGAAGAUAGAAAGCAAACAUUUUCGCAGCAAGCCCCGCCCAACACGGACUGGCGUUUCUCUCAGGCCCAGAGACCCGGCACCAGCGGAUCCCAAAAUGGCGAUGAAACCGGCACCUGGCCCAACAACCAGUUUGACACAGAGAUGCUGCAAGCCAUGAUCUUGGCCUCCGCCAGUGAAGCCGCUGAUGGGAGCUCCACCCUGGGAGGGGGUGCCGGCACCAUGGGCUUGAGUGCCCGCUACGGACCCCAGUUCACCCUGCAGCACGUGCCCGACUACCGCCAGAACGUCUACAUCCCCGGCAGCAAUGCCACUCUGACCAACGCAGCUGGCAAGCGAGAUGGCAAGGCCCCGGCAGGUGGCAACGGCAACAAGAAGAAGUCGGGCAAGAAGGAGAAGAAGUAAUGCGGAGGCCAGGCCUUGGAGCCACAGGGCAGCCUCCCUCCCCAACCAGCCCAGCCUCUCCCUAGCUGUGCCCAGGCCUCGGAU